UGGAUGGCCGUUCCAGUUUGGUGUUGUAGAUCGGGUAAAAGCGCAGCUUCGCACUGCCACGGUCCUGUCCUUCUGAACCAUCUGGAGCUGCUGAAGUUCUUCUCACUGUGGGUCGGUAGAAAGGCUUUUAAAGCAAUUCAGACACACUGACAAACCACAAUGGCAGCACUUAUCUUCCGUCCAUUGAUAAACAAAAAGGUUCCUUUCCAGCUGGGUCGCGUUUGUUACUCGUCUUCAGUGCCCACCACCAAGCUCUUUAUUGAUGGAAAGUUUGUUGAGUCCAACUCGAAUGAAUGGCUGGAUAUUCACAACCCUGCGACCAAUGAGGUGGUGGGGCGCGUUCCCAAAGCCACUCAGGGAGAGAUGCUGGCUGCUGUGGAUUCCUGCUCCAGAGCGUUCCGGUCCUGGUCCGAGACGUCCAUCCUCAACAGGCAGCAGAUCUUCCUGCGCUACCAGCAGCUUAUCAAGGAUAAUAUUAAAGAACUGGCAAAAAUAAUCACCUUGGAGCAGGGCAAAACUCUCGCUGAUGCAGAGGGAGAUGUAUUUAGAGGACUGCAGGUGGUUGAACACGCCUGCAGCAUCACAUCCUUGAUGCUCGGGGAAACCUUACCCUCCAUCACCAAGGACAUGGACACACACACCUACCGGCUCCCUCUCGGCGUCUGUGCCGGCAUCGCCCCGUUUAACUUCCCUGCAAUGAUUCCCCUGUGGAUGUUCCCCGUCGCGAUGGUGUGCGGCAACACGUACCUGAUGAAGCCCUCUGAGCGCGUCCCGGGCUGCACCAUGCUUUUGGCAAAAAUGCUGCAGGAUGCUGGGGCACCAGAUGGUACACUCAAUAUUAUCCACGGGCAGCAUGCAGCUGUGAACUUUAUCUGUGACCAUCCGGCCAUCAAAGCCAUCAGCUUCGUUGGAUCCAACCAGGCAGGAGAGUACAUCUAUGAACGGGGCUCCAAGAAUGGAAAGAGGGUCCAGUCCAACAUGGGAGCCAAGAACCACGGUGUGGUGAUGCCUGAUGCCAACAAAGAGAAUACGAUCAACCAGCUGGUUGGUGCUGCUUUUGGAGCAGCUGGCCAGCGCUGCAUGGCUCUGUCCACCGCUAUUUUUGUUGGGGAGUCUCGUGAAUGGAUGCCAGAGCUGGUGGAACGCUCCAAGUCACUGCGCGUUAACGCAGGCGAUCAGCCGGGGUCUGAUGUGGGACCCCUGAUCUCCCCUGAAGCCAAGGCCAGGGUGGAGCAUUUGAUCCAGAGCGGAGUGGACGAAGGCGCGAAGCUGCUGCUCGACGGGAGAAAAGUUCACGUCAAAGGAUAUGAAAAUGGAAACUUUGUAGGACCCACUAUUUUAAGCAAUGUUACGCCGAACAUGAAAUGCUACACGGAGGAGAUCUUUGGGCCUGUGCUCGUCGUCCUGGAGGUCAACACUUUAGAUGAAGCCAUCUCUUUAAUCAACAAAAACCCCUACGGCAACGGCACAGCCAUCUUUACCACCAACGGAGCCACAGCACGCAAAUACACACACGAGGUGGAUGUUGGCCAGGUUGGUGUGAAUGUACCCAUCCCCGUCCCCCUCCCCAUGUUCUCCUUCACCGGCUCCAGAGCAUCAUUCAGAGGAGAUACAAACUUUUAUGGCAAGCAGGGCAUUCAGUUCUACACUCAGAUCAAGACCGUGACGUCGCAGUGGAAAGCUGAGGAUGCUACGCUAACAAGUCCAGCUGUUACCAUGCCAACCAUGGGACGCUAAGCUAAAAUAACAGUUUAUUUGUUUUAAAUUCUGACACACCUGAAGAAGAAGCCUUUGGAGAGUGGGCAAAUGCUUCCAUGCCCUUUUUUUAAUUCUGUGAAAAAGUUCAGACCAGAUCUUUAUAACAUUGAAACAGUCAUGUUUAUUCGAUUGUCGAAUAAACACAAUUUACAUCUUUGUUUUCCUUUAGCAACGCACUUCAUUUCUGAACUGAACGAUGGUGAGAAUAUCUGCGUACAUUUGUUGUACUUGAUCCACUUUUUUUUUUCUUGGAUUUGUUCUGUGCAGAUUGGAAGUUCAAAAAUAAUCAUAAUCAGUCAAUUUUCUGACCCACUGAGAGCUUUGGCUUUAGAUUUCUCCACAGGGAGAGUGAAUUAGUCACAGUGCAGUAACAGCACGUGUCUUCAAGAAGCUUGUACUGUGGUUUAGGAGCCACAAGUGUUUUAUCAGAUGUUGGCGUAAAUACAUGAAAUGUGAAUGGAACAAAUGAUACAACAGAAUGUGGACAUAAACACUUUUUACCAUAUUAAA